AUCCAAACCGACACGCCUUCUCCUUCCUUCCAUCAUAAGGUUACCCCUUUUCUUAAAUCCGUUGUUCUUACUCCCCAAACUUAAUCUUCGAAGCACUAAAGCAAAACCCAAAAAUGACCAAAUCCAGUUCUCUCUACCCACAAGUCGAUCUUUCAAACCCAGAAGCCGUUUCUUCAUCAUCAUCGUCUGCUUCUUCUUCUUCUUUAUACACUUCUAUUGACAUGAAAGACCUCGCACGAGAUGUCUUCCCAGAAGACCGACAGGAACCUCGUGAAGAACUUCUUAUCAAAAUCCCUGGGGUAAUUGUUCAUCUCAUUGAAAGAGAGCGUAGUAUAGAACUCGCUUGCGGUGACCUUACAAUUGUUAGUCUCAAACAAGGUGACACAGUAAUUGCUGUUUUUGCUCGUGUUGGUAAUGAUGAUAUUCAGUGGCCUUUGGCUAAAGAUGAGGCCUCUGUUAAGCUUGACGAGUCCCAUUACUUCUUUACUCUUCGCGUUCCUCAAAAUGACGAUGAAUUGAGUAAAGAAGUGGAGUUGUUGAAUUAUGGAGUCACUAUUGCUUCGAAAGGACAAGAGGGUUUGUUAAAAGAAUUUGAUAAAAUUUUGGAGUGUUACAGUUCUUUCACGGUGCAAGAAGUGAGGGAGACCGAGAAUUGGGAGUUGAUAGAUGGGAAUAUUGCAAAAGGGAUUUUGCCGGAGGAGUUAGAGAAGAAGAAAGAAUUGAUGGAGGAAAGUUCUGCUGCAUAUUGGACUGUAUUGGCUCCUAACGUGGAAGAUUAUAGUAGUUCUGUUGCUAGGAUGAUUGCUGCUGGGUCAGGGCAGUUGAUUAAGGGGAUAUUGUGGUGUGGAGAUGUUACUGUGGAUAGGUUGAAGUGGGGUAAUGAAUUCUUGAUGAAGAGGGUGGAGAAGAAAUCAGAUACAGAGAUUAGUCCUGAUGCUAUGAGGAGAGUUAAAAGGGUUAAGAGAUUGACAAGCAUGUCAGAGAAAGUGGCCAUUGGAAUCCUUUCUGGGGUUGUGAAAGUCUCUGGAUUUUUUACAAGUGCAAUCGUGAACUCUAAAGUGGGAACUAAAUUUUUUAGCCUAUUGGCAGGAGAAAUAGUUCUUGCUUCUUUGGAUGGAUUUAACAAGGUGUGUGAUGCUGUUGAGGUUGCUGGAAAGAAUGUCAUGUCAACAUCAUCGGUAGUGACAACAGGGCUUGUCUCACAGAGGUAUGGAGAACAAGCGGCAGAAGUAACAAAUGAAGGGCUUGAUGCUGCAGGACACGCCUUCGGCACUGCUUGGGCAGUUUUCAAGAUAAGAAAGGCUCUUAACCCUAGAAGUGCCUUCAAACCUGCAACUCUUGCCAAGGCUGCUGCAGAGGCAAAUUCUCCAGAAAUGAAGGCUAAACACAAGAAGUAAUGGCAGCUAGUUUCUUGGGUUGAUUUUCUUUUUUCUUUUGUUUGUUCCCCUUUUUUAUGGGUACAAGGGUAGGAAUUUAAAUGAGAUUUUACUUUGUUAUUCGAGUGUACAAGUACUGUUACUUUUGGUUGUAUGUAAUGUAAGAAUCCAAUUCUUCCUUUUUUCUUUUUUGGAGGAACAAUUGGUUUACUUUUCA